UCUGAGGCGCGGAACGAGCGGCGCCGGGCGGCACCGGGGCGCGGGGGACCCGCCGGGGGCCCGGGACACAGAUGAUGUGCUUCAUCCUUUUGUCAUAGGACUUCAUUUGCUGAAAGGAAAACUAAAGGCUGCACCAAUGGAGCACAUCCAGGGAGCUUGGAAGACCAUCAGCAAUGGCUUUGGGCUGAAGGAUUCUGUCUUUGAUGGCCCCAACUGCAUCUCCCCCACGCUGGUGCAGCAGUUUGGCUACCAGCGCCGGGCGUCCGACGACGGCAAAAUCUCCGACACGUCCAAAACCAGCAACACCAUCCGCGUCUUCCUGCCCAACAAGCAGCGCACCGUGGUGAACGUGAGGAAUGGGAUGACCCUGCAUGACUGUCUGAUGAAGGCUCUGAAGGUCAGGGGGCUGCAGCCAGAGUGCUGUGCAGUGUUUCGACUCCUUGCUGAGCCCAAGGGGAAGAAAGUGCGUUUGGAUUGGAACACAGAUGCUGCCUCCCUGAUUGGAGAGGAGCUGAGGGUGGAUUUCCUUGACCAUGUCCCACUCACCACUCACAAUUUUGCCAGGAAGACAUUUCUGAAGCUUGCCUUCUGUGACAUCUGCCAGAAGUUCCUGCUCAAUGGCUUCCGCUGUCAGACGUGUGGCUACAAAUUCCACGAGCACUGCAGCACCAAGGUGCCAACCAUGUGUGUGGACUGGAGCAACAUCAGGCAGCUCUUAUUGUUCCCAAAUUCAAAUAUCAGUGACAGUGGUGUCCCUGCACUACCUCCCUUGACAAUGAGACGGAUGCGGGAGUCUGUCUCCCGGAUACCUGUUAGCUCCCAGCACAGGUAUUCCACACCUCAUGCCUUCACUUUCAACCCAUCCAACCCUUCCUCUGAGGGCUCUCUGUCCCAAAGGCAGCGCUCCACCUCCACCCCCAACGUGCACAUGGUCAGCACCACCAUGCCCGUGGACAGCAGGAUCAUUGAGAAUAACAGCCUGAAUGCUUCUCCCAGCUCCUGGUGCAGACGCUUUUGUUUGAGGGGAAGAGAUGCAAUUCGAAGCCAUAGUGAAUCAGCCUCACCCUCUGCUCUGUCUGGAAGUCCUAACAAUAUGAGCCCAACUGGCUGGUCUCAGCCUAAAACCCCAGUCCCAGCCCAAAGAGAGAGAGCCCCUGCAUCUAACACACAAGAAAAAAACAAAAUUAGGCCUCGUGGACAGAGAGACUCCAGCUAUUACUGGGAGAUAGAAGCCAGUGAGGUGAUGCUCUCCACCAGGAUAGGCUCAGGCUCUUUUGGGACAGUUUACAAGGGCAAGUGGCACGGGGAUGUAGCAGUGAAGAUCCUAAAGGUUGUAGACCCAACCCCAGAGCAGUUCCAGGCUUUCAGGAAUGAAGUGGCUGUCCUGAGGAAGACCCGGCACGUGAACAUCCUGCUCUUCAUGGGCUACAUGACCAAGGACAACCUGGCCAUUGUCACCCAGUGGUGUGAGGGCAGCAGCCUCUACAAACACCUGCACGUGCAGGAGACCAAGUUCCAGAUGUUCCAGCUGAUCGACAUCGCCCGCCAGACCGCCCAGGGCAUGGACUAUUUACAUGCAAAGAACAUCAUCCACAGAGACAUGAAAUCCAAUAAUAUCUUUCUUCAUGAAGGCCUCACAGUGAAAAUAGGAGACUUUGGUCUGGCAACUGUGAAAUCCAGGUGGAGUGGGUCCCAGCAGGUGGAGCAGCCCACGGGCUCCAUCCUGUGGAUGGCCCCCGAGGUGAUCCGGAUGCAGGACAGCAACCCCUUCAGCUUCCAGUCAGAUGUCUACUCCUAUGGCAUAGUGCUCUAUGAGCUGAUGACAGGGGAGCUGCCCUACUCCCACAUCAACAACAGAGAUCAGAUCAUUUUCAUGGUUGGCAGGGGCUAUGCUUCCCCAGACCUCAGCAAGCUGUACAAGAACUGCCCCAAGGCCAUGAAGAGGCUGGUAGCAGACUGCCUGAAGAAAGUCAGGGAGGAGCGGCCUCUGUUCCCACAGAUCCUGUCCUCCAUCGAGCUGCUGCAGCACUCUCUGCCCAAGAUCAACCGCAGCGCCUCGGAGCCGUCCCUGCACCGCGCCGCCCACACCGAGGACAUCAACUCGUGCACGCUGACCUCCAGCAGGCUGCCCGUGUUCUGAGAGCUCUGCCCUGCCCCCAGCAGGCUGCUCGGAGUGCUCUGCCCGUGUUCUGAGUGCUCUGCCCCCGUUCUGAGCUCUCCUGCCCUGCUCCAGGCUGGGGCUGCAGGGGGAUCUCGAGCUGUCCAGGCUCCUCCAGCAGGACUCCGUGUCCCACCCCACAAGAAGCUGCUCUGGAUUCGUGCAGUUCUCAGCCUGCAGGGACACAGCUCCUCAUUGCCUUUGCUACCAUCUCUUGUCCUGGGAGAGGUAACAGACUACAAAUCAAGAGAUCUAUUAUUAUUUUUUUAAUAGAUGCACUUGAGCCUUAUUUUGCCCUUCCCAGAAGCGAUGGCUGUUUGUCUGGCAGUGGCUCUGGCUGGCUUUGCUCUGGGCUCAGUGAGGGGCUCUGAGGACAGGUGAUGAUGUUCUGGUGCUCUGACUGCCCCGUGCCAAGUGUCACCUCACCCUGGGGAGUUGUGCCUGGAGUGGGAAGAGGAAAUAACUCUGGAAAUCAGCUCCUGCCUAAGAGCUUCACCAAGCCAAUGAAAUAAGUUCAAAUGCUAAUUCAACACAAAAUAGUUUUGCAAUAGUUUUGCACAUAGAAGAAAAACUCUUGCAAAAGGAUGGAAUCUGUUGUGAAUUGUCCUGCUCAGAGAGGAGGAGAUGAGCCAGUCCUGCUUUGGUCAUCUUGAGAAGCCUCCCAGCUGCCUUUGGUACUAUGGACCUGCUGUUGGUGCAGCCCAGGCAGGGUGGGCGAGGAGGGCUGGGCUGGGAGAGCCUGGGGGUGUCCCCUCUCCUACUGGGGGAUGUCCCCUCUCCUGCAGAGGCUGAGAUGUCCCCUCUCCUGCAGAGGGUGUCCCCCUUCCUGCAGAGAUUGAGGCUGUCCCCCCUCCUGCAGAGGCUGCAUCCAGCAGGAGCUGUUGUCCAAGAGAUGCACUAGCAAGAGGAAACUGAGCAUAUACAGUUUUUCUUGUUGAUUUGGGUUUUAAUUUUUUUUUUUGUUUUGUUUUUAUUGCUCCUGAGAAAAUGCAUUUAUUGUAAGCCAAGGUUCCUCUUGAUUAUCUUAUUUUAAUAAAAUAAAUUAAAUUUUAGGUUUAA